CGCAGCUCCAUGGGGCCGCCGCAGCGCUGCGACCUUCUGCACAUGGAGCCGGGGAGAGUUGGAAGAACUUCAUACUGCAAACUCAAGGAAUAGCAGAGUACUUGCACCGCAUGGAGACAGAGGAGGCCCAGGAAAUGGCCCAGAUGCCAGGUAAAAGACUACCUACUGCAUGAUUGAGCCGUAGAGUGCAAAAGGUAGAUACAAUAGGCCCACAAACAGGCUCUUACACCACCCGGAGGCAGGGACAGCCCCCCUGCCAACGAUACGUCCGAGGAGGCGGAGGAGCCCAUGGCCGUCCCUGAGGACCUGUCAGCCAGCUCCACCCACCAGCAGAACAACAGAGGGGACAAAGCCUGUAACAUUAAAGUUGAGGCUCGCAGUGAUGAGGAGAAUGGGCUGUCCUGUGACAUGAAUGGCGUGGAGGAGGAGGAGUGCGCGGAAGACUUGCGCGUGAUCGAUGCCUCGGGGGCCAAGGUGAACGGCUCACAGCCGAGCCCUGAAGCCAAGGCCUACUCCUCGGCCGGCGGUAUCCGGCUGCCCAACGGGAAGCUCAAGUGCGAUAUCUGUGGGAUAGUUUGCAUUGGCCCCAAUGUGUUGAUGGUGCACAAGCGAAGCCACACUGGAGAACGUCCUUUCCAGUGCAGCCAGUGCGGUGCCUCUUUCACCCAGAAGGGCAACCUGCUGCGUCACAUCAAGCUCCAUUCAGGGGAGAAACCCUUCAAAUGUCACCUAUGCAGCUACGCCUGUCGCAGGAGGGACGCCCUCACCGGCCAUUUACGCACCCACUCGGUUGGAAAACCCCACAAGUGUGCUUACUGUGGGCGGAGUUACAAGCAGCGCAGCUCUCUCGAGGAGCACAAGGAAAGGUGUCACAACUACCUCCAGUGCAUGGGGCUGCAGAGCAGCAUGUACACAGUAGUAAAGGAAGAAAGCAACCAGAAUGAGCAGAGGGAAGACUUAAGCCAGACGGGAUCUGACAGAGCCUUGGUGCUAGACAGACUAGCUAAUAAUGUAGCUAAACGUAAGAGCACUAUGCCACAGAAGUUUGUGGGUGACAAACGUCUGUCAGACCUCUCCUACGACGGAGGAGCAGGUGAGCUGAUUCAGCCCCACGUCAUCGACCAGGCCAUCAACAGUGCCAUUAGCUACCUGGGGGCAGAGUCGCUCCGGCCUCUGGUCCAGACCUCCCCAGCCUCCUCUUCCGAUGUUGGCCUCGGCUCCAUGUACCCCCUCCACAAGCCAGCUCCCGAGGGCCACGCAGGGUCGGGCCACAACCUGUCAGCCAAAGACAGCGCAGCUGAGAACCUGCUGCUGCUCUCCAACUCCAAGUCUGCCUCCAGCGAGAAAGACGGUUCCCCCAGCCAUAGCGGCCAGGACUCCACAGACACCGAGAGCAACAAUGAGGAUCGUCCAGGCGGGGCGGCCCCCGGCCUCAUCUACCUGACCAACCACAUCACCUCGGGGGUGAGGAACGGCGUGCUCCCUCUGGUGAAGGAGGAGCAGCAGAGGCAGUAUGAGGCCAUCCGGGCCAUCGAGAUGGCCUCCGAGGGCUUCAAGGUGGUGACGGCAGACGGGGAGCAGGUGAGGGCGUACCGGUGCGAACACUGCCGCGUUCUGUUCCUGGACCACGUCAUGUACACCAUUCAUAUGGGCUGCCAUGGCUUCAGAGACCCCUUCGAGUGCAACCUCUGCGGUCACAGGAGUCAAGACCGAUACGAGUUCUCCUCUCACAUAACGCGAGGGGAGCAUCGCUACUGAACCACCGUCGACCAGAGAACAACACACACUUUCACACAGACAAACAGAUGUACAUAUGGAGAACAUGCCACACACACUCUCUCAGUGGUAUGUGCCUGAAAUAAAUACCUAGAAAUGUAAAAUACACUGUCGACGUCUGAAAGUUGUGGGUUUUUUUUCAAAAGUAUGCAUGUUUGUUGAACACAGAUAAAUGUAUAGUAAAAAAUCCAUUUGUUUGCAUUUCUAAUACCAGGCUGAAAAAGGAAGACUAGUUCAUGUAAUGUUGUGUGAAGACAACAUAACGCAGCAGAGCUACUGUGCCGUAUCCUACACAGUGUACAGCAUUUACAAUGUGUCUUUCCUUUUGGAAAACCAGGCAGCAACUUUUUUCUAGAUUUAAAAUAGAAAAGAUUUCUACAUUACAUUUACAAAGUCUGAAAUGUCAAUAAAAGAUUAUAUUCUGCAUUUGUUUUCAGUGCAGAAAAGCCCAUUUUACUAUCGUAUCAUAUUAAAUACAAUCAACAGUCAAUGUAGAUAACCUCACAUGUCAACAUGUUCCUUUAUUUGUAACAACCUACAUAUUAUUUAUAUCACAUUUACAUGCCUGUCUGUUUUUGUAUUUAUUACGGUGAUUAAUGUUUUGUCUGUAGAGUAGUUAAUAAAAAAAGCUGCAUCUCUUUCUGUCCAACUGUACUAAAUGGGUUUGAGGUGAAAACAUGACUGCUGCUGGAGGAAAAUCUGCUGAUCGGAAUAAAAUGUUAUCCUGGGCUUUUGUUUUAUAGCUGAUGAUGUCUAAGAAUUGUUCCACUCACAAAAUGAAAAUGAGCCAUUUGAGGUUUGAAGGAGCUUUAUGCUUGCAAAAUAUCAAUAAAGGAUAUUUUAUAUAUGCA